AUGCUAAUAUACCAUAAAUUUUGUAAAUAUAAGAAAAAAAAUGAAGAUUUAUUUAUUAACAUAAUUUACAAUAAGCAUAAUUCGUUAUUCGGUAACUUAAACAAGAGCGGGAAAAAAUAUAUUCACACAUGUACAGCUCUAAAAAGAAAAGAUAGAGUAAGGUGUGAGAGGAAAAUAAAAUUAAAAGAAAAGUUUAAAAUUAUUGUUUAUGCGUCAUUAUAUUUUUUUACAUGUGAUUAUUUAUAUCAUGAAUUUAUUUUAAAAAAUAGUAAGAAUGAAAAAAACGAAGCAAAAAAAAGAGAACAAAAUAUUGAGGUCGUUCGUUUAAAUAAUGGAAUUAUAAACAAAGGAGGUGAUAAUAAUAAUAUUAAUAAUAGUAAUAAUAAUAUAUAUAAACAAAAUGAUAUUGUAAAAAAAGAUCAGUCCUAUUUCUUUCUUUAUAGUAAUCCUUUUGUAAAUUUUUUCAUAGAUAGUAUUAAAAAAUUAAACAUUUUUAUCAACUCAAAUACGAUACAUAACGAAAAUGAGGAUAAGCAAGGUGACAAGAAUUUGAAAAAGUCUGAUAGAAAAAAUGAUGAGAAGGAAAACAAUUCUUAUGAAAUAAAAAUUACAAGGGGGAGUAGAAAUAAAAAUAUAUAUGAAAAUUCAAAUAUGGAUAAAGAAAAAUUAUACAAAGGAGAUUAUCAUAAUAAUGAUAAUUACAAAAAACAUAACAAUAAUAAUAAUAAUAAUAAUAAUAUGACUAAUAUAUUUACAAAUCAUAUAUAUAACAAAAAUUAUUUUUUUAAUAAAUGCAACUUAUUUUUACUUUGUAAUGGAUUAAUAUUUAUUACAUGGAGAAUUAGUGAGGUGUUGAUAAAUAAGAGAUUAUUUCAUUUUAUGUGUAGAAAUUUUAUAUGCUCUUAUAAUAAUAUAAAACAGAAAUAUAUACAUACAAUUAUUACAUCAAGUAUUAGUCAUAUUACUUUUCCACAUUUUUUAUUUAAUAUGUGGGCUUUCUAUACAAUUACAAAUACAUUAUUAUCCCCAGAAAUAGGAGAAAAGAAAAAAAAGUUUUAUUUUUUUAAUUAUAAAUCUAAUGUAUUACAACAAAAAAUGAAUGAUCAGGAUAUUAUAAAUAUAUGUGUAUUAUCUUCUAUAUGUUCAACUAUACCAUAUAUUCUAUUAAAUAAAAAAAAUCAAAUACUUGGAGCGUCUGGUUCUAUCAUGGGGUUAGUAUAUAUAUUAUCAACAUUAAAACCAAAUGAAGUGUUUAUUUCAUUAUUCCCAUUACCUUAUUUGAAAUUAACAGCAUUACAAUUAUGUCAUUUAAGUAUAUUAACAAAUAUAUUUUUUCUUUUUUUUCGAAAAAAAAAAGUAAAUCAUUUCAACAUUGCAUGGUCAGCACAUAUGUUUGGUCUUUUAGGUGGUGCACUAUAUAAUAUAUAUCAAAGAAAAAUAAAAAAUAAUAAUAAUUAUUAUCCAUUUAUUCAACUCUCUAUAAAAAAUGGAUAUAUAGAUUAUCUUAAUUCAUAUUUAGAUCUUAUAGAUAUGUUAAAGUGUUUCUGCCUACAAACAAAAAUGUUCUUCUCUCUAGAUAUAAAAACAAUGCAAUCACUUAACAGAAAAAUAAAUUCUAUUAAAUCACACACAGCACAAAGAAGAAUACAUUUCCAAAUUAAAAAAAUGAAAAACUUGGAGUUCUUAUCCAAAAGAAAUCAAUUACAAUAA